CACAGUUGAACCGUAAACAGAACAAAGUCAUUAAACUCCAUGACAACCAUACUGUAGAACUUAUCGUUGUCAUAGAGACAUUAUGACAUCACAAUCGGUGCCUAUAAAACGCUCAGCCAGAUGAAACUGGUAUCAUUUGACUGAUCUGAACGCUUGCCUUUGGUUGACUCCGAACGCUACUGUACAGAUUAUCAAGUGAAUUUGCAGACUUUCCAAAAGUUCGCAACUUUAAACUGCUUGACGCACUGUGUACGGACAGACAGUUUACUUAGAUUUCAACCCUCUGUGAACCGAGUCUAAGCACAGUUAAGUCUGCAGUUAUCUUUUCACAUCAUGUUUCGUCCUGUAACACCAUUGUCCGACAAGGACAUGGAAGGAGCAGAUGUUGAAAAUAUGGAUCUGCCGAAUGCUGUGCCGAACUUUGACUAUGUCCCUGAUUUCGGACUUUCGUCACAAGUCGGGCGCGCUGCCGGUUUAAAUCCAUUUGAAGGAGGAGAGGAGGAUGUUUAUCCAACACAUGAGGCGAAACGCCAAAAAGUGUUUGGAGGAGAGAUGGAUUCAUUCCUACCGAAUGCUGUGUUGACCUGUGACUUUGUCCCUGACAUCGGACUUUCGUCACAGAUCGGGCGCGCUGCCGGGGGUAUGAAUCCUAAUGGAGGAGGAGAGGAGAAAAUCCCAACAAUGUUGGGAUGGAGAUGUGAUGAUGGUGGAAUGGAUUUUGUCCUACCAAGUGCGGUCCCUGACAUUGUCCCGAACAACGGACAUUUGUUAGACAGACGCGCCGGGAGUUCACAUCCACGAGGAGGAGUAAAGGAGUUUACUCCUGCAUUUGAGGAGGCGAACAGCCCCACAGAAAAAUGCGAGAAUAAAUUAUUUAAAUCAUUAAAGAAGACAUGGAAGACUGUAAGGCGCCCAUUCCUUCAUAAUGAUAAAGUGGAAAAACUGAUUCCUUCAGAGCUUAAGGCAGUGUCAGCUAAUCCUAAUCUAAAGGAUGAUGCUGGUCUGGCGAGCUCUGAAUUAAACAAUAAGAUCAAACCGGAAAAACAACGAAUGGCAUUCUUUGACUGUCUCUGGAGGGGCAAGGUGGAGUCAGUGCCGACUCCCCUGCUUAAAGCGGAUCCAGCUAUCCCUGAUGUUAGGGAAGUUGUUGAUCUUGCAUCACAGUCAAAGACCUACGUUGGUCCAAAGAAACAGAAACAAAAGGCUUCAAAGAGCCGCAAAUCUAACCUCCAGGGAGAAAAAGUGACUGUUGUGCCAACUCAACAGCCCAAGGCUAUUUCAGAUAUUCCUGUUGGCAUGGAUGUUCCUGCUCUGGCCGGCCCCCAAUCAAAACCAAAGAUUCGUCCGGAUAAACGCAUGACAUGGACGCAACGCUUCCUUGGAUGCUUCGGGAGGGGCAAAGUGGAGUCGAUGCCGACUUCACAGAUUGAGGCCGAUCCAGCUAUCCCUGAUGCCAGGGAAGUUGUUGAUCUGGCAGAUUCUCAAUCGAAGAGUGUUGGCUUAAAGAAACAAAAACAAAAGGCUUCAAAGAGCCGCUCAUUUCACAACCCUUGGAGUAAAAAAGGGAAGAGUAAAGUGAAAAAAGAUGCCGAUCCAGCUAUUCCUGAUGCCAUGGAUGGUGCUGAUCUGGCCAGUUUUGGUGGCAUCGCUGCAGCCAAUGCCAGGCUACAGAAGUUAGGUGCCAUUCUAGAGAAUAUUGGGUUAAAAGGUGGUGGAAAUCCUGACCCAAAUAAAGCAAAAAAUUCUGGGUCAAAAGAUGUUGGAAAUCCUGAGGCAAAAGGUGGUAAAAAUCCCAGGCCAAAAGCUCUUAAAGCUCUUGGAAAUCCCAGACGUCCUUGGAUUCGUAACCCAAGUAGAGCUAAAAAUCCUGGACCAAAAGAAGAUGGAAAUCCUGGGUCAAAAGCUCUUGAAAAUCCCAGAGAUCCCUUGCCAGAAGAUGAUAAAGUUGUCAGGCCAAAAGCUCUUGAAAAUCCCAGAGAUCCCUUGCCAGAAGAUGAUAAAGUUGUCAGGCCAAAAGCUUUUGAAAAUCCCAGAAAUCCCUUGCCAGAAGAUGAUAAAGUUGUCAGGCCAAAAGCUCUUGAAAAUCCCAGAAAUCCCUUGCCAGAAGAUGAUAAAGUUGUCAGGCCAAAAGCUGUUGAAAAUCCCAGAGAUCCCUUGCCAGAAGAUGAUAAAGUUGUCAGGCCAAAAGCUCUUGAAAAUCCCAGAAAUCCCUUGCCAGAAGAUGAUAAAGUUGUCAGGCCAAAAGCUCUUGAAAAUCCCAGAGAUCCCUUGCCAGAAGAUGAUAAAGUUGUCAGGCCAAAAGUUAUAAAUGUUUUUCAACAAGCUUUUGAACCGCCAAGCGAGAAGAAACCAGAUGAUCGCUCAUUGCUUAGAGACACUGUUGAUUCUAAAUAUCAACUCUUGGAGGAUGAAGUGCUUGGGAAAGGUGGCUGUGGCAAAGUGCACAAAGGGAUUUAUAAAUCAAAUGGCACUCAGGUUGCCAUCAAGCGAAUUUCCAAACAAAAGACUCACACAUAUCUUCAGUCUCCUGAAUACUCCGAACCAGUCAUUACAGAAGUGGCGCUGAUGCUUAAGUUAGGAGAUGCGCCCUCAUGCCCCAAUGUCAUACAGAUGUAUGACUGGUACGAGACUGAACACGAUAUAACGCUCGUGUUGGAGUACCCACUGCACAGCGAAUCCUUGUGGGAUUUUGUUUUAAAUCAUGGAAGACUAAGUGAAAAUACAGCAAGACAUCUCAUGCGUCAGGCGGUACUGGCAGUACAACACUGUCUGGAUAAUGGAGUUUUCCACACCGACCUCCAUGCCAGGAACUUCUUGGUGCAGCAAUCAACAAUGAGCCUGAAGUUAAUUGACUUUGGGGCUGGACAUUAUCUGACGCAUGAGGAAUAUAAGUCUUUCGACUUUAUAGGAGCUCCAUGUUGCACCCCGCCUGAGAUCAAAACGGCUAAGAAAUACCACGCCGUGUCAGCAAACGUCUGGGCCUUAGGUGUUUUGCUGUAUUUCAUGGUGCUUAGAAGUUUCCCCUCUAAUUUAAAGAACUUUCUUUCCGGGAAUCUGAAGACAAAUGAGACGCGUUUAUCAAAGGAAAUCUAUGAUCUGUUAAGAUGGUGCCUGGCCCUGAAUCCAAGUGAUCGUCCGACGCUCAAGCAGAUCUUAGAUCAUGACUGGUUUAAAACUGAGUCUGAUGAAGAAGAGCUACUCGUGUACAAAAUCAGGGCAAUAUCCACACAAUUAAAAGAAGGAUGAAGCUGAAUGACUGAAGGAGAGGGAAAUGAUUGGAGAUGCUGUUUUCAUCAUCCUGAGACGUAUGGAGUUUGAAGGAGGUUGUAUUUCAGACUUCAUGAACACAGACCGCUGGCUGAACGUCUGAUGCAGAUCCUGUCUCAUCCUUGAACACAUUAAAAUAAAAAUGUUUUUUUAGAUAUCUCUUCUAUACAUUAUCACAACGCUCAAUAGUUCAGUUUAAUCUGUACUUUGCAACUUUUGUUGUCCCUUGAUUUUUCUGUGUUUUUUUCUUUUUUUAUUAAUGUAAAGCUGCUUUGAAAUAAUUAAACAAUUGUGAAAAGUGCUACAGUAUAUAAAUAAAAUUGAAUUGAAUAUGGAAGACUUUUCUUUAGCAGAUGUUUUAAUCUGCUUUUUUACUUUUUUAUUUGAUCAAACUGAUUAACUUGGUUACUUAUGUACAUGUUUUUCAUAUGCAAUAUCCAGUGGCGGAGCCAGAGGGUUAUUUGGGGUGCUGUUGCCACCCCGCUGAAAACAUACUUUGGUUGAUUUUUACGAACAUUUCUCAAAUCUCCCAGCGGACUUGAAUGCAUCCUCAUGGUGCGUUUACACCAACCGCAUUAGAGGCGUGAAGCGCGAGUGAUUUCAAUGUUAAGUCAAUGUGCAGACGCCAGGGCCGUGCAGAGACAAUCGGAGGGGCAGGUGCUCAAAGAAUAAAAAGGGCACUUUGCUCGCUGAUACGCAAGCGUUCUUGCAUUGCUGCGUGAAGUUGAGCACACCUAAAAACUCGAGACAGCUACCUGUAUGAACUCCCGGCAGAGAACGUCCCUGCCUUUGCUUCACCCAUUGUUUUUAUAUGGG